UCCCUCCCCGGGCCGCUGAGGGCUGAGAGGGGGAGCAGGCCUGCUAAAUGCUCCUGCCUCAGAGGGACGAUGGUGGAGGGCUGCUAAACAUGGCGGCGCUCUCCGAGGAUGGGAGGUACGGAUUACAUUGUGGCCAACAGAGCGCCGACAGAGUCACCGUUUUGCACGUCAAACUGACCGAGACAGCACUGAGAGCGAUUGAGAAGUACCAAAAUAAUACGAAUGUACCCUCUUUGCAGCCAACAAUACAAUUCAAGGGACUCCAAGGGCGCAUUAAAAUCCCCAAGACAGAUUCCUCCUCAGACGCCUCCCACAACUUUGAUUUCUACCUGUCUAACGUCGGCAAAGACAACCCUCAGGGAAGCUUUGAGUGCAUCCAUCAGUAUGUUUCGAGCUCGGGGGCCUCUCACCUGGCUUUGUUGGCGACGGUGCAGGACAAGGUCACAAUAUGCGCCACUAAUGACUCCUACCAGGUGACCCGGGAGCGUAUGACACAGGCUGUGGAGGACACGCGUGAACGUGGGACCAAAGUAAUCAAACCCGGGGGCCAGUACAGAGGAAAGCAAGUCCAUGUCCGUAAGCCGGCGCUGUCAGUUCCUGAGGUCGUCCCAGAGCGCAAGCGAUCCACACCCAUCAACCCAGCCAACACUAUCCGCAAGUGCCUUUCCAACAACCCUGUAUCCCAGCGGUCAUUCCGGGACCGCAUUGUUCACCUGUUGGCGCUGAGGUCCUACAAGAAACUGGAAUUACUUGCCCGUUUGCAGAGGGAUGGAAUCAACCAGAAGGACCGCAACUCCUUGGGGACCACACUGCAACAGGUGGCAAACCUUAACCCCAAAGACAACACAUUUUCACUGAAAGACUUUGUUUACCGUGACGUCCAGCGAGACUGGCCUGGUUACUCUGAAGACGAGAAGACCCAGGUGGAGCGGACCCUGGCUCGCAAACUAGGUCUUCCCGCAGAGACGCUCUCGUCAAACAGCUCCCCCAAAGACUGUGUACCCUCGUCUCCUCUGAAGCGCCAGCCUGAUUUUGAUUUCAUAGAUCCUUUGGCGCCAAAGAAAGCCCGCAUCUCCCACCUCAGCAAUCGAGGACCUGCCGCAUCUUUAUCCGCGCCCUCCUCCGACCGCCGUGAAGAUGAGGAAAGUCCCAGCAAUAAAAGCUCGUCGCUUCCCUCCAGCGUCGUCUUGGGCCCUCCCAGCCAUCUCCCAAUUUCAUCUCACCCUCCAGCACCCUCUCACCAGCAGCCCAGUCCGGCCUCCAGCUCCAACUCCCCCAGCACCCCCGAGGGCUGCGGCACCCAGGACCUGCCUGUGGACCAGAGUUCCUCCUGCGGGGACCCUUCCCCAACCUCUUUGUCCUCUGAUAGAACCCUUCAGGAGCGUUACCAGACUCCAAUCCCAGUCACCAGACCAGCGGUCUCCCCGAGCCCUCCACCCCGUACUUCACUUACUGUUACCUCCACUGUGAUGAGCAGCCCUCCGUUGUCCAGCAGUGACAACAAAAAGUUCAAGAAGAAGUCCAAAAAGCACAAAGACAAGGAUCGCCAACGAGACAAAGGGAAAUGGACAGAACGGAGCAGCAACAGUUCUCCAAGUGUGGCUGACCAGACAGUGGAGAGUCUCAAAUCUAAAAAGAGGCACAAUGUUGAGAACGAUAAAGGAGAAGUUAAUGACAAGAAUCCUGACACAUAUCAAGACUGCCCAGAAAAGGAGAAGAAGCCGGGCCAGUCUACUGUAUUCUCAACCACAAUUGAAGUGCCUGACUAUGAAACGAAGUACACGCCGUUGGUGUCCAUGGACCAGCGACAGAGCUACAAGAACGACUUCAAUGCAGAGUAUGACGAGUACCGUCUGCUGCACGCACGCGUAGAGAACAUCACUCGCCGCUUCACACAGCUGGAUUCACAGUGCCGGAAGCUAACACCUGGCACCAAAGAGCAUCAGAAGGUGCAAGAAGAAGUCUUGAAAGAAUACAAAAAGAUGAAACAACACAGCCCCAACUACCACGUGGACAAACAGCGCUGUGAGUACCUGCACAACAAGCUGGCGCACAUCAAGCGGCUCAUUGCAGAUUUCGACCAGCGGCGAGGCCAAACCUGGUGCUGAGAUGCCACAACGUCACUCAUCAGUAUUGCGAAGGGAGUGUUGGGGAUGGGAAAGGGGUCCCAACCGGCUCUUAUUUAUUAGCAUCCCCAGAAUUGCUGCCUCGCUCUCCCUUCCUUUGCCCUCCUCCCACUCUUUUUUUUUUCUUUCAUUCCUUCCUUUUUCCAAGCUUUGAUUCCACCGGCUGCUUUAUGGCCUGAGAUAUUCUGACUCCUUCACCCCCCCCUACCCCAACCUACACACACACACACACCACCACUUUUUCUCUCUUUCUCUCUCUGAGGUCCACUAGUGGGGGGCUACAUGAGGAGUGAAUGGCAUAUGGGGGAAAAAAACGCUUCCAAUGUUUGAAGGACUCCAUCUUGCAAGGAAAAAAAAAGUAUUUUUGAGCUUAAGAGACACUAUUGUAUUUAAGAAAAAUAAGAGGGAGAUAUAUUUAUUUUGGGACUCAUAGUGCAAGGAGUUCACAGAUGAUUUAUUGACUUUUGUUAAUGCAAAAAAAAAAAAAGGAAAAAAAAUACCAUGGGCCUUAUGUGUUUCGACAUUGUGAAGCCAUUUUGCACAUACGAUGCAGAUGUCAUCUCAUUUGGCAAAGAUGUCUUAUGCCUCACUGCAGACUUCUCAUGCUGCUAGAUGUCACAUAAGGCGGCCGAGCAUGAGAAACCAACUGCAAGAGUGUGAGACAAAAGAAAUGAUUGAGCUGAUGUGUGCAUGGAUUGUUAACAGUUAUAAUGGCCAUGUUGGGGGGUGUUGAGGCAGGGUUUAAACUAAGGGUAAAGUACUCUCUGCUUUAACAGUGUUUAAUAUCCAUGGUGCAUUAUGGGUGCCUUAAGGUGUUUACACAGCGUUGGUGUAGAUUGACUCUUAUGGCGCAUCGUCUAUACAAAGGAACUACAACUGCCUGGAAACAAGUUGUGUGCGUGUGUGUAGUGGGAAAGAAGGGAUGUGACGCAUGGAAGGUGUGUUCGAGUGUCUGUCUGAAUGGUCAUGGUUAUGCUCCGUGUGGUGUGCAAGAUUAAGAAAACUCAAAUGAAAACGAGCAGGGGGGGUAAAAAAAAAAAAAAAAAAAAAAGCUGCAAUAGUGUUUGGUUGACCAGCCGGAGCACUCAGGAUCAACCUGGCUGGUGUAACAAAGACGUUUUGACAGUCCAGAUGUGUUGAGUGUUUGUGGUUAUUUACCAAGGUCAUCCACCACAAACAAUUCUAUUAUGAUGUCAAAUGUAUUUGAUCAGUUUGAGUUCUGCAGAGCAUUGAAAGAAUUCAGAGUAGAUUUUUUUUUUUUU